CAUCCACCCUUUCAGCCGCCCAUCAGUUUUCAAACAGAUUGUAGACCACGACGAUACUAUUGGACGUGUUUCCCACCCCUUUAAAACCUUAUCGGAAGAGAGAGAUCUUUAUACUUAUAUAUUUGUUUGAAGUUUACACUAAGAAAACAGCUAUUCUGCUAUGGCCAAAGGAGAAGGUGGUGAACAAUACUCCAACGCCAGUUUAUUGAACAAACCGGUCAGCUCGGAUGGCAAGCAUGAGAGGAACAGGUUGUCAGUCUGCAACAAGAUAUGCUAUGCCAUCGGCGGAGCACCCUACCAGAUCACAGGAUGUGCCCUGGGUUUUUUUCUGCAGAUCUAUCUACUGGACGUAGCUCAGCUGGAUCCCUUCUAUGCUUCUAUCAUCUUGUUUGUGGGCCGAGCGUGGGAUGCCAUAACGGACCCCACGGUGGGCUUUCUGGUCUCCCGAAGCCCGUGGACGCGUUUUGGACGAAUGCUGCCCUGGAUCCUGCUCUCGACCCCUCUGGCUGUGCUUUCUUAUUUCCUCAUAUGGUACGUUCCUCCCUUUGAGGACGGCAAAGUGAUCUGGUACCUUUUCUUCUACUGCAUCUUCCAGACCCUUCAAACUUGCUUCCAUGUGCCAUACUCUGCCCUCACCAUGUUCAUCAGCUCAGAGCAGAAAGAAAGAGACUCAGCCACUGCAUACAGGAUGACGGUGGAAGUUCUGGGCACUGUUCUGGGUACAGCCAUUCAGGGGCAGAUCGUGGGUAUGGCCAAUGCUCCCUGCGUCCCAGGACCCGGUGACCUUGUGGCAGAACUGAACAACUCCUCAAAAUCUGUCUGGUCCAAUGACUCAGAGCCUGUCAUUUCCCUUGAGCACACGAAAACGGCCUACAUGAUUUCUUCUGGAGUCAUCUGCCUGAUUUAUGUGCUCUGCGCUAUUGUUCUGUUCUUCGGUGUGAGAGAGCAAAAAGAAUCUUGUCGUCCCAGGUCAGAGCCCAUGUCUUUCUUCCAAGGGAUUAAGCUGGUGAUGGGGCAUGGACCGUAUGCCAAACUGGUCAUGGUUUUCCUCUUUACCUCACUAGCUUUCAUGCUCCUGGAAGGAAACUUUGCCCUGUUCUGCAGCUCCACACUGGGCUUCAGAAAUGACUUCCAGAAUAUUCUGCUGGUCAUCAUGCUCGCCGCUACUCUGGCCAUCCCUUUCUGGCAGUGGUUUCUGACUCGCUUUGGGAAAAAGACUGCGGUCUGCGCUGGAACCUUGUCUGUGGUUCCCUUCAUGAUCCUGGUGGUGUGUCUGAAGAGUAACCUGAUUGUCACCUACAUCGUCUCCUUCGCUGCUGGAGUUGGAGUGGCUGCAGCCUUCCUGUUGCCCUGGUCUAUGCUGCCUGAUGUUGUCGAUGACUUCCAAGUGCAGAACCCCAACUCCACCGGCCACGAGGCUCUCUUCUACUCCUUCUACGUCUUCUUCACCAAGUUCGCCUCUGGAGUCUCCCUUGGCAUCUCCACUCUCAGUUUAGAUUUUGCAGGCUACAUCAGCAGAGGCUGCUCUCAACCAGCGGCGGUGGAUUUAACGUUAAAAAUAUUGGUCUCCGUCGCCCCAGUAAUUCUCAUCAUAAUUGGACUGCUCAUAUUGUACUCGUAUCCAAUCGAUGAGGAGAGGAGGCAAGGCAACCGCAAACUGUUACAGGAGCAGAGGGACAAUGAGGCAGAUUCAGAAACCGACUCAACAGAACUGGCCAACAUAGUCUAGCACAUUUUAGAGACCCACAGACCAGUCGGGCGAUUGACUGGUAUUUUGCACUGGGCGGGACCAAUGGACCUGGGCCUGUUGGAUCGUACAGACACUGCCUUGUCCGACCUCACUGCUGCUGUUCCACAUUUACAAGACUUGACUGUAAAACAUUUUUCCCAGCAUGAAAUUCAAAUCAAUUCUUUUGUUCAGUCAGCUCUCAAAAGCCUUACUUUUUGUACAACACACUAUUGCGCAAUUUAUUUAUUUUUUUUAAAGGCUGGUCUUGUUCUCUCAGUUGAAAUUGCACAGAACCAUCAAAUGUGACGGAGGCAUGUUUUCUUGUGAUUGCCAUUAUGGGUGCUACUUGCUGGCACUGAACAGUUUCCAUGCUUGUACAGAACACAUUGAACAUUGAUGGUUGAUGAUUUGAUACUUCUGAGACGUGAACAUUGUGAGAGACUUGAACAAACAGUUAUACGCCUUAAUUUGAGCCCUGAUUUUGGGGAAUGAAUUCAAAACUGACCAACUGACUGUCAGUCACAUGCUCUUGAGUCACCAACUUGGUGUGUAUUUUGAACACUUAAAUGUAUUUUGUAUUUUUUUUUUUUUAGAAUGAAUAACAUAGUUUACUUAAGCAAGUCAGCCAGUUUGUUUCAGUGUGGUUCCAUCUCAUUCCCAUCUUAUUUUGAUAAUAAUGUGAUAUUGGAACAGUAACAGCUUUACUUUGAAGGGCUCCUUUAGGUCCCCACCAUAGUAUUGAAACCACUACAACAGUAAAAGCAGUUAGUUUGUACCCAUAACUGCAGUGUUAACCCAAGAAAAUUUACAUAGCUCUCAUUAUUUUAUUUGCAGGACAGCUACUGAAGGCAGGAAGUGCUUCUUUCCUCUUGCUUUGAUUUCCAUCACACUGAGGGAAACCGUGACUAAAGCCGGUACUAAUUUAGUGACGUCAUUAUUUAAAUAUUUAUUAGUUUGAUUUUUACUUUUUUCUGAGUUCAUGUUUGCUGAAAAGUCAUGCGUCUUUGCAGUAUUUAAAUCUAUUUAAGGCCUCUAAGUUUCCAACUGAAUCAGAAGUGUCAAAAUGAGGAAAACGGGGCAUCAGUCAAAUUUUAAAACAUUCACACGCCUUUUAAUGCAUGUUGCCAUUACUGCUGUCUUUGAUAUAUAUGCAUUUAAAAAGGGAAGCACAUAAUUGUGAAAAAAAAAGAAGAUUGGAAGAUGUACGAGUGAAGGAUUGAAGUUGUCUCCCUUCAUUGAGGAUGUUUGUAUGUUUUUGUGUGUGUGUGUUACAACCAGAAUGAUAUUAGAUCGUCUCAAUCCCUGCCAUGAAAGUGUGAAUUAACAUUUCAUAUCUUUUGAUGUGGAAUGUGUACAUAUAGUGUAAUAUGUUAUACAUACUGUUACAUCUUUGACGCGUUGUCUCUGACAACUGGGUUGUUGAUGUGAAAAUGUUUAUAUUUCUUUUGUUUUCUGUUUGUCUGUUUCUCCCAAGUACCUUUAUAAAUACUGUACAUACCAACAAGGUGCCAUUCACACCAAGCCUGUAAUAAUUGUACAUCCUGUAAAUCUCACCCUGUUUUAUUUUGUUAGUGUUUUCUGUCAAUGAACUUCGCUCAUAACUCUUUGAGGCUGUAGCCAAACGUGUGAGCUUUAAUCCCACAAGGACACACAGAAGCCUUGUAUACAUGCCUCCUGUUCAUAUGUAUAUAUUGUAUGUAAACCUGUAAAUAUCUUUGAUAUUUGUGGUCGGAAGUGAAAUGAACCCAUGUACACUGUACUGUAGUUUAUUUAAGAAAAAAGUUGAGAUUGCAAAAGAUAUUGUUAAUAAAUACUAAUUGAUAAGUGUACUGUAAA